UCGAAUUUCGUACAAAACACAACAGGUCGUAGGAUAUAAGCAUGUCAACAAAUGUCGGUAAAAUCCGCCUUAGAAACUUGGCUGAAUUGCAGCAAAUUCAGGUUGAAAAGGAUGAAACAGAUGACGUAAUGGUAGUUACAAUAUCAAGUGGAGAUGAAAACAAGACUCCAGAAAAACCGAAAAAGGCGGGAAUCAAACGUGCAUCAUCUACGGCAAAGAAGAAGAGUACUGAUGAAACUAAAAAAGUUGUUGCUACUAACACUGCGAUCAAACGAACUGUAAAAAAGGAACCCUUACCAGGUCAAAUGCGCAUCGAUUCCUUUUUCAAAAGCUCCUCGAAAAGCUAUAAAGUUGAGCUAUCAUCAGAACAUAGCCCAAUAAAAAUGAAAGCACGUAAGGGAUGCAAGCGGCUGUUCGAUGAAGAGUCCACGACAAAAGGAACUAUUCCUAAAACGUCCGUGCUGUCUUCGGAUAUCGAAAAUAAACGAGAGACUGUAAAAAAGCGCACGCUGCCGCAACGCAAAUCCAAGGCAAAAUGCUCAACAUCCCCGGCUGCCAUAAUUGAUCUGUGCUCUGAUGAGUCAGAAUCUGAUCAAAGCAUCAGAGCUAGACCAAUUCCAAUUGAUAAAUUGAAAGAUUGUCAGCUGAAUCCAUUACCUAUAGUGAAUAUACCUAAUUUAGAAGUUCAGGGAAGUAAUGAUGCUGGUGCACGCUCAAAAGAAAAUGGACCCAAGGAACGAAAGCGCAAACGUUGUCCGUCCUAUAAGAUUGUGGAAGAUACGACAUUCGUAGUCGAUGGUUUCCAAUUUGGCGACAUACCGAAUGCGACGCACUACUUUCUUAGUCACUAUCAUGCCGAUCACUACGUGGGCCUAACCCGGAAGUUUGCGCAUCCGCUGUAUAUGAGUCCAAUAACAGCAAAGCUCGUGCGAACCUUUAUACCCAUUGACAACCAAUAUAUGCAUGAAAUCGAUGUUGGGGAGUCCAUAACGCUCAAUGAGGUUGAAAUAACUGCUUUAGACGCCAAUCAUUGUCCGGGUGCCAUUAUGCUGAUGUUCAAGUUUACCACUGGCAAGUGUAUUCUUCAUACUGGGGACUUUCGUGCAACUUUUGAAAUGGAGUCGUUGCCUAUUUUCUGGAACGAGCCGCGAAUUGAUGUUCUUUACCUGGACACAACAUAUUUAUCAAAGAACUAUGACUUUUGUCUUCAGUCUGACAGUAUCGAUAGAAUUUGCACCGCAGUGAGGCAAUUUCAUGAGAAGAACGCCGACAAGCGUAUAUUGCACGUAUGUGGCUCAUAUUUAAUUGGAAAAGAGAAGGUGUGGCUGGCCUUGGUCGAGGAGUUCAGGUUGCGUGUCUGGACUGAACCGCAUCGCCGCAAGGCAAUCGACUGUCUCGAUUGGCCAGAGCUGCAGCUGAGCCUUUGUGAUGAUCCCCUCGAGGCUAAUUUGCAUGUUAUCAAUAUGGGAAAGAUAAGCUAUCCGAGUCUAGAUCAGUACUUUAAGACAUUUGAAGGCCACUAUGAUAUGCUGAUUGGCAUACGACCUAGUGGUUGGGAAAAGAAUUCUAAGCCUUCAUACGGCAAGCGUAUCAGUGUAAUUGGAGUAGAAUAUUCAGAGCAUUCGAGCUACAAAGAGCUGGAACGAUUUGUACGAUUCCUUAAGCCAAACAAGGUCAUCAGCACCGUCCCUGUUGGAAAAGAUCUCUGUGUUACUGGAACAGUUCCGACUAACUGGUACAAAUACGAGGGAUGCGGGAGUAUGCUUAGUACAAGCUAUCAGCCCUCUAUCACUACGUUUUUAGAGACAUCCAAGCGUAGUUUCCCAGCGUUGGCCAAUACAAGCAGUGAUAUGAGCGUUAGUCCAUUGAAGAAUGAGAGCACCAUAAACACGGCCAACAACGAAGAUCUCUUUGAGGCGAAACAGAUUACAGAGGAUUCUGCUAAUGUAAAUGUUCCUGCUGCUCAUCAUCUGCCCGCUAAGCGAAUUACGUCAGAUGCUUCGAGUGACUUGCUUUCAUUGAUUUAGCUAUUGGUAACAGUGAUAGUUUAUUGUUGUGUUAUUGUUUAUAUUUUCAUUGAAAGUGCAACGUAUUUAUUUUUCGAUCAUUCCACAAUUUAAAAAAGUUGACUUCUGUUUCAAAUGGCAGGGAACCAAAAUGAAGCACUGGUAAAUCAGAAUCAUCCAGAAUAUAUACGACCAUCAUUAAAGCUAUUGUUGAAUUCUCGGAGUCAGAAAAGUACUUAGAUAAGAAAAUAAAUUCAUGUUAAUCCCCAAUGUAAAUUGCAUUUCUCUA